UCAUCUCCCGCUGUGCACGUGUGUGCACAUCUUCUCAAAGGCCUGGUCCUGGUCCCCGGCCACAGCCUCCCGGGUGAUGGGACCCCUGUCUUCAUCCCCCUCCCCAAGGACCGUUCUCUUCAGCACUGCCCGCAAGCCCUGGACUGAUGUCAUCCCCUGCAGCUACGAGAUGCAGCACACACUCAAGGACCUGGUGCCACUCAAGGCUUUCCUGCUGGCGGGAACCACCGUGACCAUCGUGGAGGAGAAGAUUCUCUCUUGGCCUGCGGUGCUGCCUCCUGUUGACGUCCCGUUGCCUGCCGAGAAAGGAAAAGGGGAGAAGGACAAGAAAGGGAAGAAGGAGAAAGACAAGAAGGGAAAAGACGGGAAGGACAUGGCAGGGAAAAGGGAGAAAGAGGUGGCAAAGGAACAGAAGGGAUCCAAGAAGAAAGAGCUUCCUAAGGAGCUCCGCCAGGACCCGCCCAUCCUGCGGGUGCUGGGCAGUGGCUUGGUGGUCCUGGAGCCCCUGCUGGCGGGGGAGCCACUUGUGUCCGAAGUGUGCAACUUUGGGGUGAUCCGCACUUUGGAAACUGACAGGCUCACGUCCCUCAGGGAUUCAAAGAACAAGAACAAGAGAGCUAAAAAAGAAAAGACCAAGCCUGCGGCUGCAGUGUACGACGGCGACUACCAGCCCCAGCCCUUGACCGUGGAGGUGCAGAUCCAGCUGAACCAGUGCCGCACGGCCGAGGAGGCGCUCCGGGAGUUCGCCCUGUAGGGCGCGGGAUUAAAGGCCGUUCUGACC